CGUUCAAAUUAAACGUUUAGCAUGGAAAUAUAAAUUGGUGUUGAAUAUGUUCUUAGUCAGUGGUGUGCAAAGGAUCAAAAUGACACGACUUAGUGUAGUUUGUAUUGCACUCCUCGUCGUUUGCGCUUAUUUUGAAGUUGGUUAUGCAGCUCGCAUAGCCCGUUCACCUCAAUACUUUGGCGGAUACGGUCGUCCUCCACCACCACCACCACCACGUGGCUUCGGCCCCAGCUGCGGACCCGACUUCGACAGCCACCGCGGCCAUGGGCAUCACAGCCACGGUCACCACGGCCAUGACUCGAAGUACGACAUCCCUGAAGGCGGUUCCAUCAGUAUUUCCAAGACUAUCAGUAUAAGUUCUGGUAAUAAUGCUCAGUCGAGUGCUGGGUCCAGUGCAGGAUCAAGCGGUGGGUCUAGUGCAGCGUCAAGCGGUUCAUCCAGUUCUGGAUAAAGUGCCGGUUUGAGUAGACGAAUCUGGGCGAUUGAACCAUCGAGUGAUAAUGGCAAAUGAUGUGUUCAGUUUUGAAGUUGUGUUUGAAAUGUGUUGAUUG